AUGCUUUUUAUUCCUUUGUCAGUAAACAACAAAGUGAAUGGAAUAAAAGCUCCUAUGCGAGUAGGAAAGAUGAGACGGAAAAAUUUCUUUUCUAGUUUUCAGAAAACAGUAAAGGUCGCAAUUUCCUGCCGUCUCCUACUUUGCAUAAUCAUCACCGAACAGAUUUUCGUGAGAAUUUUUCUUAAAUCACCCAUUGAUGGUAUUAUUCAAAACAAGCUGAAGUUUCAUGAAUCAAAAAUGACAUAA